AUGACUCGCAAUUCGCGUGGGAUGGGUCUCGACCUUUCGAAGCGAGGUACCAAUGACAGAAAGUGCGCAUAUUGUAAUGAUUAUACAUUUCCUGUAAACCCCACGAAAAGCGAUGUGGUGCGUCAUUUCCAGGACUUCGGCCAUGAGAAGCACGGCAGCGACCAAAACGAGCUAGUUGAGAGGACAUGGUUACAAUUCAAAGGCCACCAGCGAAUGACGCCGUCCUCAAGCUCAUCGCAACCUCCGCCCGAACCAAGUGCAUCAAAACUAGAAGCUAUAGACAAGGACGACCCGAGUGUCCAUGAUUCUGUGGCCGGCCAUCGGGAACAAGGGGCCAUUAGUCCAUCUUCGGAAAAGAAUGAAUGGAAGGAGAGCGAUCAGAGGUCUUCACAACCAAAGCGCAGCCGUGCAAGAAUGCCAAACCAAAACUCUGGUGUUUGCCGAGCGGAAGAUAGUGAUCUCCAAAGAGACCCGGCGCACAAGGCCGGUAGGCUAUGGACCCCUGAGGAGGGUGCGUCUACUCCCCGGCGGACCGAUGUCGGGCGAUCGAGGGAGAAAGAUGGCGCAGACCAUCCCCGAGCAGAUUCCAAUCGGUCGUUCGAGCGCCCGCGUUCCUCGGACUUUGACAAUACUGAGGUACUUAUCAAGCAGCCAGAAACGCGCCCUAUCAGCCAAGAAAAACUUGUUGCUGAGGUGAAGGGUAUCUACGCUGGACUUGUCAUGGUCGAGUCAAAGUGUAUCGAGGUCGACAACGCUCAAAGUUCAAAUAACGAGACCAAUCCCAAGCUGAACCAUGAGCAGUGGCAGGCAUUGGUUGCUUUACACCGAAAUCUGCUACACGAACACCAUGAUUUCUUCCUUGCUUCGCAGCAUCCCUCUGCAAGUCCAGCAUUGCGAGGGCUCGCGAGCAAGUACGCAAUGCCGGCGCGCAUGUGGAGGCAUGGGAUCCAUACAUUCUUGGAGCUUUUGCGUCAUCGUCUGCCCGCCUCGCGCGAACAUAUGCUCACGUUCAUUCAUUUAGCGUACUCCAUGAUGGAUCUGUUGUAUGAGGCUGUUCCAGCUUUUGAAGACACUUGGAUUGAAUGCCUCGGCGACUUGGGCCGCUAUCGUAUGGCUAUCGAAGAUGAUGAUCUCGAGAAUAGAGAGGUCUGGACCUCAGUCUCGCGCCAUUGGUACUCAAAGGCUAGUGACAAGGCUCCUCAGACGGGUCGUCUCUACCACCACCUCGCUAUUUUGGCUCGUCCCAAUGCCCUCCAGCAGCUCUUCUACUACACAAAGUCUCUCUGCGUGCCAGUUCCCUUCCUGUCUGCUCGCGAGUCAAUCAUGGCUCUGUUCGACCCGCACCUCCAUGGCACCCAGACGAGGCUGCAGGACAUUGACGCAACCUUUGUGCGCGCUCAUGCAAUCCUCUUUUCGGGCAAGAACGCCGAUCAACUCUCAUCGUCUAUCAACGAAUUCAUCGACAGCUUAAACAAUCACAUCGAACGUCACACUCAUCGCUGGCUGGAUAGCGCAUACUACAUUUCUAUCGCCUUGGGUUGCUCACUGCUCGAAUAUGGCAGCGAGAGCAAUCCCAUUCUAAGAGCCAUCAAAUCAGGCCGAGCCGAAGACGCAGACGUCCCAAUGGAAAGGGCUGAGACUGUUGCCGCUCCGACACAGAAGUUCCUGGACGCUCUGGAUUUUGCAGCCCGUACUCAUAACAUCGUGCUAAACCGGUCCGACGACGACAACAUCCGACCUUACCUGCAUGUCACUCUCUCGCUCCUCCACCACCUGUCCCAGUACCCUGCAGCAAUGGGACUGGUAGAGAAGAAGAUGCCUUGGAAGCUCAUCGCUUUGAUCCUCAACACUAUCAAGUCCAAGGAUAUACCUACUGAGGCAAUCAAGAUCAUUGAGUCAGAAGACUUCCCCCGGCCAGAUAAGGGUGACCCUCUUCCCCUGCCGGACGACUUCGCGCAGCGGGGCCUCCUGUGGGUUGAUAAGUACUAUCCUAGCGAUUGGUUCACAGCCACAAAGUUGGAUGACGAUGAGAGGUAUUGGGAGUCCCGGUCCAUGAUGUACGAGCGCUCGAUCCGCUGCGUUUGGCUAGGUUGUCGACUAGCAGCAUCGGGCAAGUGGUUGACCUACAGAGAGGGGCAAUUUAGGGCUACUUCCGAAGCAAGCAAAAUGAGUCUUGGACGGUCGCCGUGGAAGUUGUAA